AUGAAAUGGUUAUGGCGAUUUCCCUUAGAAUCUGAGUCUCUUUGGCACAGGGUGAUUGAGAGUCGUUAUGGUUUGGCAAAUAAUUUUUGGGAUUCAAAAAGAGGGGAGCGGAUGUCCCCGAGGGGACCAUGGAAGGACAUUGCGGAUCUAUAUGAUGAAUACUUAAGGCUGGUGAAGUUCAAGGUAGGAAAAGGGGAUAAGAUUCGGUUCUGGGAAGAUGAAUGGUUAGGUGACUCAUCUCUACUACACACUUAUCCUGGUUUAGCCCUAAUCUCUAGGGCUAAAAACGUAUAUAUAAUAGAACUGGUAGCUGAAGGAGGUGCAGCUGGAGAAAGUGUGGUAAGUUGGGACUUCAAGUUCAGAAGAAACCUGCUGGAAAAAGAAAUACCUAGCCUUAUAGGGAUGUUACAACAGAUGGAACAGGUUAAAUUACUUAAUGUCAACGUUGAUAUCAGAAUAUGGAAACCUGAUGCCACUGGAGUUUUCUCAAGUAAAUCAGCGUUCGCCUGGUUUAAUUCCAACCAAAAUGUUGCCAGACCCCCUUGGACCAAAUCUUUAUGGAAAAGUAUAGCCCUGUCAAGAGUUAAAAUCUUUAUUUGGUUAGUAGCUCAUGGAAAAGUUAAUGUGCACGACGUUCUACAACGAAGACGACCUUUCAUACUCAUUUCUCCCGGGUGGUGUGUAUGCUGUAAGAGUAAUGGAGAAGAAGUGGAACAUCUGUUUUUGCAUUGUAAAUUCUCCUCCAAAUUAUGGUCAAUGUUGUUGGAGGAGUUUGGUUUGAUAUGGGCUCUACCUAGAAGUGUUCCACAAAUGUUAAUGAGUAAGAUAAAAGGAAGUAAACGUCAGGAUAUACUUUGGAAGACGGCUGUCCUAGCAACAAUUUGGGCUAUUUGGCUGGAGAGAAAUACCAGGAUUUUUGAAGAUGUAGAGAACUCUGCAAUAGUGGUUUGGGACAAAAUAAAAUUCUGGACAGCAACAUGGGUUUUCAGAACAAAGCAUUUUGAAGACCUCUCUUUUCUAGAUUUGAGUAGAGAGUGGAGAGUCCUUUUAUAA